GUUGGCGGCAACGAAGCUGGCGCCGUUCCAAACUGCCACUUUUUUCUCUUUUACAUCAUCCUAAUCCUACACACGACCAGCUUGUAUCGACUCUCCUUCCUCACUCUCGCAACACCACCGCUACACCCAUAUUCCCAUCCCUCCACACAUCACUUCACAAUGGCCAAGGGCGGCGACAAGAAGAAGGGCGGCGAUGGCUUCUCAGAGGGCGACACCAAGAAGGGCGCCAACCUCUUCAAGACCCGAUGCGCACAAUGCCACAACCUCAAGGAGUCCGAGGGCAACAAGAUCGGCCCCAACCUCCACGGGCUGUUCGGCCGCCACACCGGCUCCGUCGAGGGCUUCUCCUACACCGAUGCGAACAAGCAAAAGGCUAUCGUAUGGCAGGAGGAUACUCUGUUCGAGUACCUCGAGAACCCCAAGAAGUACAUCCCCGGCACCAAGAUGGCGUUUGGCGGGCUCAAGAAGGCCAAGGACAGGAACGACCUGAUCACCUUCUUGAAGGAGGAGACGGCUUAAAUGUCGCACAUCAUCACAAAAACAACCUUCGGCUACCUGAACCUGAGUCUGUAAUACUACCUACCUACCUCCCAACCAACGACACCCUUCCUUCGACCUCGACCGCAUAUCCAUCAUGCACACCAACCCCUUGCUCCUAGCGAAUCUGUCUUCUGGUGUUUGGGGAUGGACUGGAUUGGCCCGCAUCGAUUUGGAUGGCGGGCCGCCAAUUUGAGUGCGUACGUACUCCUUUGGUGUGUGUGUUGGUUUGGUGCUUGCAUAACUGCUGUGUAUAAAUCUCUUCACUCCAGUCUUCCUUGCUUUCUCUUCACUUGUAGCUUGGUUUCAGAGCACGUGCACUGCGACAAACGAGUG